GUCCGUUCUCCCCGCCAGGUCGCCGCCCGCCAGCCCUCCAUCCCCCAACCGCCCCGACCUCCUAAAAGCUGAAAGAAUCAUUUUUGAGAGUCAUGACCCAUAGCUGCCUGCUUCGUCCCCCAACCCUCGACGACGAAAAGGACUUCGGCUCCAGGCCGCGCGGCUCCGGGGAAGGAAGAGAGAGCGACCUCCGCCCCGCGCUCAGGGCCACUCUAGAGGGAGAAGCCGCCCCGAGGCCGGCAGAGCGCCCAGCCGCGGCGGAGACCUGAAGCCUUUUGGAGCCCAAGGCUGUGCACGAGCCCUGUGCUGAUUCUCUGCCUAGGAAAGGACUAUGCUGCUAGAGAUCAAAGCACCCCUGAACUUCAUCAUUUUCUACUCUUGUACAACAAGCUACUCUGGCGCUUCUGAAAAAGAAAUAAGAAGUCCACUGGUACCCUGACAAACCGCUGAAGGGCUCUGGCUUCCACCAUGUCCACACUGGGGAGAUGGUGGACCCCUUUGGGGAGCUGGCCGCCAAGCGAGGUGGCCUGGCAGUGGAAGAUGUGCGGGCCACUGUGCCUGAGGAGAUAAGCAUAUGGAUUGACCCCUUCGAGGUGUCCUACCAGAUUGGCGAGAAAGGAGCAGUGAAAGUGCUCUACCUGGAUGACAGUGAGGGCUGCGGGGCCCUGGAGCUGGACAUGGAGAUCAAGAGCAGUUUCAGCCCUGACGACCAGAUACUUGUGCCCAUCGGAAGCCAGGACAGCUCCUUGUCCAACUCCCCGUCGCCAUGCUUUUCCCAUCACCCAGCCCCACCUUCAUCCUCUGCCUCGCCAGCCCAUCACCUUCACCAUAGACUCCUUUGCUGCCACCAAAUUAGGCUCCACGAAGAUAAAGAAGAGGGGUGGGGCAGCAAGUGGUAGAGGAGCAGCCAGCGGUGAGGCAGAUGGCCAGCAGCCACCACAGUAGCCUCCAUUGCCCGCUUCAGCACCAACAGCUUGUUGAAACACAAGAGUCUUUGUCUAUGCAUGCACUGAACUUCGUCCCACUCACGGGGCCCUCAAUCCUAGCUCUCGCCCAAGGCCACGUACAGUCUCAAGUACAACAGUGGUGGCUCGCCCAGUUUCUUCUUUGAUGGGGCCAAUGGCCAGGGUGGUGGCACUCCAUCCCCCUUUGGAGGCAGUGGGACUGUCACCUGCAACAACAGCAGCUUCUGCAUGGUCUAGGUAUUUGGAGGCCACCCGCCUCUUCCUGGAGAAGCCACCCUUCAUGGAAGGCCUCAGCUACAACCUGAACACCACGCAAUAUCCUAGUCAACCGUUCCAGUCCGUGGUGCUGGCCAACGGACUGUCUACCUGCCCUGGGGCCAGGCACCCAAGACCACAGAAAAGAGAAAGAAAAGGAAAGGCCAAAAAAAAAAAAAAACCAAAAAAAAGGAAAAGAAAAAUGUA